AUGUCUCUGAUAAGAUGUAUGAAACACUUAUCAUUACCUUAAUUUACAUCUCAUUUUUGUUUUUCGUAAGCAAGUUAACAGAAGAAAACCAAAAAUUUACCGUUGUUUGGAAUGUGCCCUCGGAAAUUUGUUAUAAAAAGUACAAUAUUGAUCUUAACCUAUCAAACUUCAGAAUCAUCACAAACAAGGAUACCUCCUUCAGAGGAGAAGAAAUAGUUUUAUUUUAUGAACCACUUCCGGGAUUGUAUCCAAAGUAUUUUACUAAUGGGUCGGCAUUAAAUGGAGGGAUUCCGCAAAAAGUUCCAUUCAAAGAACACCUCAGAAAGGCAGCAGAGGACAUUGAAGUUCUUGUUCCUUCUAAACACUUUGAUGGAAAAGGAGUAAUUGACUGGGAGAGCUGGCGACCAAUUUACGAAAGAAAUUCAUAUGAACCAGAUAAAUUGAUUUAUAUGAAGGAAUCGAAGAAACUAGUGCAGACAUUGCAUCCAACGUGGAACUCUUCAAUGGUGGACAAAAUGGCGAAGCAAAUGUUCGAAGAGUCAGCCAGAGAGUUGAUGGAAAAUACGUUGAGAAAAGCCAUAGAAUUACGCCCAAAUGGCUUAUGGGGUUUCUAUGGAUUUCCAAGAUGUUUUAACUAUGAGAUUGACGAAGGUUCCUGUCAGAACGAUACCAUUCACUACAAUGAUCAAUUGAAAUGGUUAUUCAGUGCCAGUACAGCUUUAUAUCCAUCUAUCUAUCUGUCCUCAAAAUUUCCCUCAUCCUCCAGUCGUCAGAAGAGAGUGCAGGGAAUUCUAAACGAAACUUUACGAGUUCGUGCACAUUAUUCGACUAUCAAUACUCCAAUUUACUCUUACAGUACAUACAGAUUCACGGACACUAACAAAUUUUAUCUUGUGGAAGACCUCAUAACUACCGUAGGCCAAUCAUUCGAUGCAGGAAUGGAUGGGGUAUUGUUAUGGGACACUAGCAAGAACUUUAAGACGCAGGAAAAUUGUGAGUCUCUCCAAGAAUACAUUAAGUCAACAUUUGGCCCACUCGUGAAAUCAAUAGUUGAUUUUGCUGAAAAAUGUAGUGCUGUGUUGUGCAAAGGUCAUGGUAAAUGUGUACGUAAUUCAUGGAUAUCAACUUCCGGAUUACAGGUAUUGACCCAGAGAAAGGUGUUUGAAUUUGAAAAUUACAAGUGCCGUUGUAUUUCUGGAUGGGAGGGUACCCAUUGUGAGAAACCCAUCAACAUAUUUUGAAAAUUAAAACUUUGUCGUAAAACUUAAAACUUACUACAACAUUGUCA